AGCUUCCAAAACAAGUUUCGUUCUCGUGAAGCGUUCUCCGUAGCCGAAAUGCUUUUCUACUCGUUUUUCAAAUCGCUCGUGGGGAAGGACGUUGUUGUGGAGCUGAAAAACGAUCUCAGCAUAUGCGGAACACUUCACUCGGUGGAUCAGUAUCUCAACAUUAAGCUGACCGACAUCAGUGUGACCGAUCCGGAGAAAUACCCGCACAUGCUUUCAGUGAAGAAUUGCUUCAUUCGUGGCUCCGUCGUACGGUACGUACAGUUGCCCGGUGAGGAAGUGGACACCCAAUUGUUACAAGACGCCGCCCGAAAGGAGGCCGUAACAAGCGUGAGAUAAGUUAAGCCAAACGCCAAUAGAACGUGAUAAGCAAUAUUGUACUCUUUUUUAUUGGAUUUCGGAAUGAUGACAACCUAAUGGUACGUUGUUGUAGAAAUUACGUUGAAGUUACGAAUGAAUGGAGUCGAAUGAGUUUCGAACAUGAUUUGGUAAGCCAAUUCAAAUGACUCAAACACAGUCAAUACUAUGUGCCGAACACGAACAAUUGUAUGGUGUCCAAGGGUAACAUUAGGGAAAUAGCACUCAACAUGUCAUCAGUUAAUAGAAGAAUUAACGCAUUUUUUUGGUUUAUUCCGAUCCAGAUGGAUUAACGGUUUCUCAUUUCUCUUGCCUCACAAUUGCUCUUGUCUGUAUGCGUGAUGCAUUUUUCAUGUAUAGUGUAAAUGCUGUUGUACAUUGAAUGUUUCUAAAAGACGCCAGAAGAAAAACUCGAUAACAACAAUAAAUCAGGAGCACGACGA